AAAAAGGAAAAAGAGACAAGUAUGUGGAUUUGGAAUCCACUUUUCCUUUCCCAAAGGAAAUGAAAAAAAAUAAAAUAAAAGGAGGGAAAAGGAAGUAUUUUUGGAAGAGUAGGAAGGGAAAGCCUAUAGGCAUUUGAUGGAUUAUGCGGACAAAGAGGAAGCUUACAGUGUAGACGAUCAUCAGUAACUGGGAAAGUGCAGCCAUUCUGUCCAGGGUUCAAUCCUUUCUCCGGCGAUUUUUAGGGUUUUUUUUUUUCAUAUCCUCUUCUCUUUUUCAGUUGAAAUUUCUUUUCUUUGUUCCUCUUUGUUAAGAUUUAUAUCCCUGUUCGUUUAAGAGAGAGAGAGAGAGAGAUGGAUGGUCUCUAAAUUAAGAUUUAGGAUUCUAAAUGUGACUGUUUGGGUCAUGCGAGUGAUGGGCGCCAAAUUCAUAUUUUAUAUUCCAGUUCAACUAUUGGGGUCUGUAAACAAAGUGAAACCUUUUAAGUCUGCUUUAGAGAUUUGAAUUAAUUUUAUCAGUGUAGCUUAUUCGUCUAAUUUCCUCUAAUUUGCAUUUCUAUCAUGAAUUGCAAUAGCUAUUUUGUUUUUCGUUGCUGUAAUGUAGUCUUUUAUGAUAUCAGAAAUUGGGGUGUCCAUUACAAAGUAUUUAUCAAACUAUUAACCAUUGCAGGAUGGAAAUGGCUCUGUGUUCAACUCAUGACAAGUUAAGUAAUAUGUCAGAAGGCAUACUAGAAAACAUCUUUUCACGUUUGUCAAUCAGAGAUGUGGUGAGGACUAGUGUUCUAUCAACUAAGUGGAGAUACAAAUGGAUUUCAUUUCCACAUCUCAUAUUCAAUGAUGGAUGUAUACCAAGCUCUAAUGGUUCACUUGGUCAUGAUAAACUUGUGAAAAUUAUCAAUCAUGUUCUCUUAGUUCAUAGAGGCCCAAGUCGGACAUUUAAGAUCUCUAGUUCACAGUUGCAAACCUGUUCAGAGAUAAACAGCUGGAUUUUUUCACUUUCAUUAGAUUCUUUGACAGAAUUUGAACCUCAGAUUUCUGAAUCCAAGCCUCAUAGUGUUCUUCCAUGUUUAUUCUUCAUUAAACAACUGAUUCAUCUAAAACUGGUUGGCUGUAUAACUGUACCUCCUAUAACGUUCAAAGGCCUUAGCUGUCUCACAACUCUGGAUUUUCAAAAGUUACACUCUCUGAUGCAACAUUGAAAAGUUUGAUUUCUGCCUGCCCUCAACUAGAAUGGUUGACAUUGAUAGAUAUCAAUGGUCUUGUUCAUAUUGAAAUUAGCAACCCAAAACUUGAGUACUUACGAAUCUCUGGAAAUUUCAUUGGUAUAUGCCUCAAAGAUUUGAGACUUUUAGUUUAUGCAAGCCUUUCGAUUGACUCUCCUUCUGACCGUAUGUGGACAUGCGAUUUUAGCAACAUUUUUGGCUCUCUACUUGCUAUUCAAGAGCUUUUCUUGGAAGGCUGGUUUCUACAGUCCUUGUCUAUUGGUGAUGAGAAGAGGCUGCUUCCUUCUACUUAUCUUCAUUUGAAGACCAUCUCCAUCGAAUUAAAUGUGGCGGAUAUGAAUGAGAUUUUAGUUGCUAUAUAUUUACUUAAUAGCUCCCCUAAUUUGCAAGAGCUUAAUGUCUUGCUCUGGCAUGAUAGGGAAUCUGCGAUUGUUCCUGUCAUAGAUCUACAAGAAGCAAAUGAUCAAUUGGAGUCUACAUUCAACAAACUCCGGGUUGUAGAUUUUUCUGAAUUCCUUGGCACGGAAAUUGAAUUGCUACUUGUUAGAUUUAUCCUUGCCAGGUCACCAGUUCUUGAGACAAUGAUUAUCAGUCAUGCAAUACAAGACACUAGAAAAGUAUUGACUUUGUUGAAAGGGCUGCUUCGAUUCAAAAGAGCUUCACAACAAGCGGAAAUUGUGUACUUGGACCCUGCAACAUGAUAGAAGUAAUCCAAGUUGAUGACCACUUGAGCUCCGGUUCAGUCUCCCCCCUUUUAUUUUAAGUGUCUUAACAUUAAGUGUGUCUAGAGCUCAAGCCCCCCACCCUCCCCUAUUUUAAGUGUCUCCCCCUUUUUAUUAUAAGUGUCUUAACAGUAAGUAUGUUUGAGGUCACUUUUUUUUUUCUAAUAAAAAUAUGUUGGGUUUAUGGUUUAUGGUUUAGGGGUCACAUGCAUAUGUUGAAGAGCAUUCGUAUUGUCAAUUGAAACUACUGACAAAAGCUUGAUUUUUA